CCUGACUCUAAGGCAUUCACAGGCAAAUGGAGGGAAUAACAGGAAUGGCAGGGCAAGUGACAUACACUUGAAUGGUGAGGCCCAAGUUCCACUGGCUACCCAGAAGCCUGGUAACCACAGUGAACUUUCUUCUGAUGGAGGACACGGAGAAGCAGCUGAAUCAGAAGAGCGAUGGCAAACCCCGGAAAGUACGAUUUAAGAUCUCCUCCUCCUACAGUGGCCGAGUACUGAAGCAGGUCUUUGAGGACGGACAGGAAUUAGAGUCACCAAAGGAAGAAUACCCUCACAGUUUUCUCCAAGAAUCCCUUGAACCAAUGGAUGGUGUUUACGGGUCUGGGGAAGUUCCCAAACCCCAGCUGUGCUCCCCUAAGCUGACUGCUCAGAGGAUCAGUGUAUUCAGAGAGGGCAAUGCCUAUACCUUGGCUAGCAGCCAGCCUCUGUUCAACAAUUACAAGAUGAAUGACCACAAGCCCCCACCUAUUAUAGAUUUCGGAAAGAUAAUCAUCUAUACGAACAACCUGAAAAUCAUUCGUACCCCAAUGGACAAGAGAGACUUCAUGAGGAAAAUGCUCCAGAAUGAAGAAGAGCCUGAAGAAGAGUCUCUGAUAAGCAAAGAGGAAAGCUAUGGAGACCAGGACCAGCACAACGGGCCUCUGCUGGAAGCGGAAAGCGUGUUCCCCCGUAACCGGUACACACAGGAUGGGGAGCUUCCUGAGGACAACUGUCUUCACUGCCGAGGGUCAGGCAGUGCCACCUGCUCUCUGUGCCACGGCAGCAAGUUCUCGAUGCUGGCCAACAGAUUUAAGGAGUCCUACCGGGCCCUGAGGUGCCCUGCCUGCAAUGAGAACGGCCUGCAGCCCUGCCAGAUUUGCAAUCAAUAGCCUAUGGCUUUUGCAUGUCUGCUUUUAUGGCACCCUCCUUAAAAUUAUUUCUAAUAAAAUGCCCCCCUCCCCCUCCUCCUGCUCUCCCAGCAAGGAGGCCAGAGUGAUUGCAGUCACUCCCACCACUGGCAAAACUCAAUUAUCUGAUGACAUUUUGUGAGGCUGGUAACAUCUCCAUGUGAGUCUAAGUGGCAGGGGCAUUUUCAAAUUAGAGUCUGCUCCGAAACUUGAUCUAAAAUUAUCCUUCCAGGAAUGUGUGAAAAUAUCUCACUUGACUUAGCUCAGUUUUCUCCUUGCGCCAGUGAACAAAUAAUAAAUGUAUACUUCAGGCAGCAGGUUGAAGUCAUUUUCUGGUUGGGAGUUAAAUUUUGCAAAAUUAUGCAGUAAGAAAGGAAUAAAAAGUCAGGUUUCUGAUGAAUUGAAUUUCUGCUUCUUAUAAUGCAUCUUAAAUCGUUAUUGACCAAAUUGAAUUUCUAAUUAAGCAAAAGAGGAAAGGGAUAGCCAAGCUGAAGGCACUAGGUGGCUACAGCAGGCAAAGCAGGAUGUUCAUUCUGGAGACAGGCAAGCUGAGGAGGCUUUCCUUUCUUUCUUCUCUCUUUU